AAGAAGACGAUUUUAGCCUUAUGAUCGGUGUUGUGUAUUUCAAAAUAAAUUAUAUAUUGGAUAUAAUAUAUAAUUGAUAUAAUAUUGGGCCACCACGAUGAACAGUAGCUGCUUCAUCGGUGUGUUUGCAGUGCUGAUAAACAAAGUGUGUCUGCAGGUCACAGUUGAGGCUGUUAUUGGUGGUUCUGUUGUCCUGCCAUGUUCUUCAACUCAACAUGAUCUUAAACUUCAAGACAUUGAUUUGAGCUGGAUACACAAUGGUAGCAAAAUUGUAGUUGAUAUAAUUCCACACAGUAAUUCACCAAUGACACAGGACCCAAAGUACAAAAACAGAACUGAAAUUUUCCCUGAAGAGUAUCUGAGAGGAAAUUUCUCCAUCAAACUCAACAAUCUUCAACACACUGAUGCAGGACAAUACUUCUGUGCCAUUACACACUCAUCUGAAUAUCAGACUGUACAGCUGAUCAUCAACGAAUCAGUAUCCACUGAACAAGGAAACAAAGGAGAAACAGACCAUGAGGGAAUGGGGCCAUCGCUGCAUUUGCUCUUGAGCUCAAGUGCUCGGCAACCUUUAGCUCCGCCCACGGCGCGCCUCCAGGACCAGGAGCAGGCCUACAGCAGAGACAAGGGAAGGAGGAGUCUUGAGGGAGGCUUGGCUUCUGUACCCAGAUUCCCAGAGUUGCAGAAGUACAACCCGACACAGACAUGGUCAGACAUCUUCCGCUCUGGAAUGGACAUGACAGCAGGCAUUUGCUCGGGGUCCAUGGCAGGAAUCAGCUCUGGCUCUGGGUCUGCAGUGGGCUCAGGUUCUGGGUUGGUGGUGGGUAUGGGCUCGGACCAGAUGAAUGAGGGCAUUAUGAUGGGAAUGGACUGGAGGGACUGUUGUCCACCUCUCCAACUGU